AUGGCGUCAAUCCUUGAUCAUGAUUUUGGCUCCGAAUCCGAUGAAGGGGACUUCAACCCAGACACAGGGGGAGGAUCGGAUAAUGAAAGUGUUAGUGGAAUGAAGCAGAGAACAAAUGGAGCUGGUACGAACAAGCCAAGAGGAAGGGGUGGCAAAGACGAAGACGGUCAGCACUCUUCAAAAACCAAAAGGCGCAGCAAUGAAACUGGUGACGAUGAUGAGGGAGAUGCGGCGAGCAACGUAGACGGAUCAGAAGAUGAUGAGGAUCAGGAAAACGAAGACGAGGAUGACGAGGAUGAGGAAGAUGCAAUUUCUCGACGGCCACGAAAACGCGCCAAGAAAGACCCGCGGAACCAGUACCUCGAUGUAGAAGCUGAGGUUGACGAAGAAGAUGAGGGGGAUGACGAAGACGAAGAUCUCCAAGCAGACCCGUUCAUCGCAGACACACACCCUGAUGACGAAGCCGAGUUACCAGAUGGAGCUCCUACCGACGAUCGGCAACAUAAAGAGCUCGAUAGAGAACGGCAGAGGAGGCAACAAUUAGACGCAGAAGAACAAGCUGAACUGCUCAAAGUGAAAUAUGGCCGGCCCGCGAGGACCGCCUCUGAUGCUGCCAUUGUGCCACGCCGUCUGCUGUUGCCAAGUGUGGAUGAUCCGAGCAUAUGGGGAGUCAAAUGCAAGCCAGGCAAAGAAAAAGAAAUCGUCUUCUCCCUACAAAAACGAAUGGAGGAAAGAUUUGGCUCGAAAAAUCCUUUGCCAAUCCUUUCAGCCUUUGAGAGAAACCAUUCUAUGGCGGGCUAUGUUUACGUGGAAGCCCGGAGACAGGCGGAUGUUCUUAAAGCAAUGGAUGGUGUAAUGAAUGCCUAUCCACGAACUAAGAUCGUCUUAGUGCCAAUCAAAGAGAUGCCAGACUUGUUGCGCGUGACCAAGACUGAACAACUCCAACCAGACGGCUACGUCCGCAUCAAACGAGGUAAAUAUGCCGGCGAUCUCGCUCAGAUUGACGACGUUGAGACCAAUGGCCUGGAGGCAUCACUGCGAAUUGUACCCCGGCUUGACUACGGUCAAAAUGAAGACAACAAUGCCCCAAUGGUAGAUGGUAAUAUACGAGGCGAACUUCAGAAAAGAAAGCGCGCGGGAGCAAUGGGCCUGAAUAAUGCUGCAGUGCGGCCGCCGCCAAGACUGUUCAGUGAGGUUGAAGCAAAGAAAAAGCAUGCCAAAUAUGUGCAGCAGGUUUCGACAAUGAAGAAUGAUUGGCAGUACAUGGGAGAUAAUUACAGGGAUGGCUUCUUAAUUAAGGAUUUCAAAAUACAGCAUCUGAUUACGGAAAACGUCAAUCCCACGCUGGAGGAAGUCACAAGAUUCACUGCAGGCGCGGCGGAUGGAACAGAGCACUUGGAUCUCAGCGCUCUUGCUCAGACGUUGAAAAAGGGUGCAGCAACGGACAAUUACCUACCGGGGGACAUUGUCGAGGUUUAUGAAGGGGAGCAGACUGGAGUUGUUGGCAAGGCAAUUUCUGUGCGAGGAGACAUCGUAACCAUAAGUGUGACCAAUGGUGAAUUGCUAGGUCAAGCAAUCGAGGUUCCUCAAAAGGGUCUGCGUAAAUGCUUCAAAGAAGGUGACCACGUAAAAGUCAUUGGGGGAAGCAGGUAUCAAGACGAAGUUGGGAUGGUCGUUCGCAUCAAAAAUGAUACGGUCACCCUGCUUAGUGAUCUAAGCCUCCAGGAGAUCACAGUGUUCAGCAAAGAUUUGCGAGAAGCGAGCGAUUCUGGGGUCGCCGGCGGACUUGGCCGUUACGACAUACAUGAUCUGAUCCAGCUUGAUCCAAUCACUGUCGCUUGCGUAACCAAGGUGGACCGGGAGUCUUUAAGGGUUCUUGAUCAAAAUGGGUCGAUGAGAAUGAUUAUGCCUUCACAGAUCUCAAACAAGCUUGACAGACGACGAACGGCAGUCGCCACAGACCGUCACGGAUCCGAAAUCAGAACAGACGACACAGUUCGAGAGAUUGGCGGCGAACAGAAGAUGGGCGUCAUUCUUCACAUCUACCGAUCUUUUCUUUUCCUUCACAAUCGCGAGCAAACGGAAAACUCAGGGAUUUCCGUUGUGCGAGCUUCUAACGUACAGACAGUCGCUGCAAAAGGCGGCAGAGUUGCUCAAGGUGGCAGCACAGCCCCAAACCUGAAUGGUAUGAACCCAGCCAGAAUGCGCAACGGUGCCAACGGCACAGGACCAAUGCCACCACCAAAAUCCUUUGGCCGAGAUCGAGCAAUUGGCCAGACUGUCACCGUCCGCAGAGGUGCUUACAAAGGCCUGCUUGGUAUUAUCAAGGACACCACAGAUACUGAAGCACGGGUCGAACUCCACACAAAAAGCAAAACCAUCAGCAUCCCCAAAGACCACUUGGGUUUCAAAGAUCCUCUCACAGGCAGUACAAUGGACUACACGCGUUUCUCCACCUCCCGCGGUGGCCGAGGCGGUCCCGCCCACAACAACCCCUUCCCUCAUCUAACCUUCCAAUCGCGCACUCCAGGUCAGGACUUUCAAGGCUCCCGAACUCCUCUUGCCUCCCAAGGCGGACGAACCCCAGCCUGGGGCGCCGCCGCCGCCUCAGGAGGCCGGACACCCGCUUGGUCAGGCGCGGGCUCCUCCUCAGCUCGCACGCCUGCAUGGCAACAAUCCAGCGCGGCAGGCAACCGGACACCCGCCUACGCACCCGCGAACGAUGGCAGCCGUACCGUCAACCCCUACGCAGAUGGAAGUAGGACGAGCUAUGGUGGUGGAGGGGGGAACAGGACGCCAGCGUGGAACCCUACGGCUACCGCAUCGAGCUUCAGUCAUGAUCCGUUCAGUCUCAGUGGGGGAGGGAGAACGCCGGCUGAAUCGAAUGGGUAUGCGGAGGGCAGGGCUGGGCAGCUGGGUGGUGUGGUUGGAAGGGCGUACGAUGCACCUACACCGGCUGCUUCGGCGCCAACACCCGGAGCGAGUAAUGGGUAUGGAAGCGGCGGUACUGCGGGACAGACGCCGAAGUUUAGCGGAGAUGCGCCGACGCCGUUUGGCGGAGGGUUGCCGGAGACGCCGGGAUGGAGCGGUGGGGACGCGGGUGGAGGAGGGCCUCAAUAUGAGGAGGGUACCCCAAGUCCUUAG